UCUGUCUUUACCUGAUCAGGACUCUCUAGAAUUAACCACAACAAGAGUAGUUGUGUUUUCCUCCAGAGGAUCUACAGGAGAGGAACAUCAUGACUUUUCAUAUGGACUUCUUUAUCGCCUUGUUAACAUGCGCCGCAGUGACUCUGGUACUCCACAGUAAAGCAGAUUGCCCUCCUCCACCGACGAGGCUGACACAUCGGUGGAUCGACCCGUUUACCGUGAACGUGUCCUGGGAGAAGCCCCGAGGUGUGCAGGACGGCAGCGAGGUCACGUACAAAUACAGCCUGGUGAAGAACGGAGAAGAAGAAGUCACAGGUACAACGGUGAGGAAUUUCACAGUCACCUGCCUCACAGAAGAGAUGGAUUCUGAUCGCUGGACGUACAGCGUUUGGACGGAUAGCAGUCCAAAUUGUAGAAGCUCCAAUGAGAGCAUGCGGGUCAACAUAACGUUCAAAUACCCCAAACCCAGAGCUAAAGUGGUGAAAGACUUCAAAUGUGUCAUCCACGGCAAUGAGAUGGACUGCUCCUGGAUCCCUGUGGAUCCAUCUCUUAAGCUGAAGCUCUCCUACAGGAUGUGUGGACUUUCAGAGGAAGUUUUAAAAGGUUUAAAGGAGUGCCGCAAGCUUUACAGAAAUGAAACGAGGACCAGUUGUCGCCUGAAAGUCGACGCCACAAUGAGUGACAUCUGCAUCUUUGUGGAGACUGACGCUGGAAUGAGCACCUUUAUAGCUGAGCUUGAGGUCCCUUCACCAAAGAUGAGCGUCAGAGAAGAAGGUGACCAUCUCAAGCUGAGCUGGAAACCUCCAGAGGUCGGGGAACAAUGCGUAUGGUUUUAUGAAGUCUGCUACACCCGUUGCAGUGAUCCUGAAGUUUUGUGCCGGAACAAAACUGUGGUGUCGGGUAGAGAGCACUCGUUAAACAUGCCCUACGAUAACAGCUGCCUUUACCAGAUCCGAUCCAGAGUCAAGACCUACAAAUACUGCAAGAAAAUCUCCAGCGGCUUCAGUGAAGUUGUGACUUACGGUUCUAACAAGCCUCCUGACAGGACGCUGACUGUGGUUGCCAUUGUCCUCCCCAUCAUUCUGUCCAUCUGUGUACUCCUGUCCUGCUACUGCUUCAGGAGACACAGCGCCAUCAUCUGCCCAAACAUACCAGAUCCAUCAGCAAUCUUCAAGGAAAUGAUGAUGAACGGAAACAAAGAUCUAAAGACUCCAGGGAGUCUGUACACGCCGGUGCCAGAGCCCAUUGAACCCUGCAGAAUUACCCCAAUAACUGAAAACAGCGGCCUCCAGCAAAACGUAUGACUUGUUCGUCUGCACGGCGAUGUCUGCAGUGCAGCUGGACCUCCAACUCUGGGUGACUUUGUGUGAGGAGCAUGAACAGUGAAACUUAAUAUCAGGCUGAUAAACUCAGCUAUACUGACCUCUACUGGUUAAAAGCUGCAUAGAUCCACAAGGCAGUGUCUGAGCAAGAAGUGAGAAAGUAGAAUGUAGGGAAUGGGGUCGUCCUGAUGCCGAAGGCGGAAUUUUUAAACUUUGAUGUGACGUUACUACGGCAACAAAAAUAGAAGUCUUAGGCAUACAAUAUUGGUUAAUGUUGGUUAUAUGUAAUUAUGUAAUUACCAAAAUUGCAAGUUGCACAGUCUUAAUUGCACAGAAUUGUGACAACCUGAGAUGAUAAACUCUCCUACUCGUUGUGAAAUUUGAUUGAGGUGGAGCUCAUUUGGAACCGUUUUGUUUGUAUGUAACGACAGACUUUACUUGUAUAUAAUGUGAUGUAAUUUAAUUUAUUACAAAGCAUAAUGUUUUACAAGCUCUUCUUCAUACGUUUUGAAUGCAAAGAAAAUGUAACGUAACCAAAGCUGUAAAAAAAAAAAAAAAUGGCUGUGAAGUAAAUGUACUUAGACUUCAACACUGGACCUCCAAUGCACUUGUUCUGUACAGUUCUGUAUCACUGCAGCUAGGUGCCAACUUCACCCGCCUGAUGUUGGCAACACAAGACAUUAAGCUGCUGUUUGAGUCUCUAAAAAUAUGAACAUACAAGUUCAUAUUUGUAUACACACACGCAGGGCUGCUGAGGAUUUCUAAGGACAGGAUAUGCACUGUAUCCCUGGAGCAACAUAAAAGGUCAUCCAGCUAUGGACCCGGAAAUAUAAACAGGAAGUAAAGGUUUGCCCUGCUGCCUGCUUUGUGCUGAUAUCCUCACGCUGGACUUUUUGAUAGAGUGCAGGACUGCGAGUGGACCAUGUGGAAGCUGUGUCCAAUGUGAACUGAGAGGAAGGCUGGUUCAUCCCUCGAUGACUGCACGACAAGACUAAGUCAUAAAAAAUGGAGACUUGCUUCUGUGGAGGCGAGCAAAUCAACUCAUGGCCACUGGACAAUAGAAAGGAAGCCAUUACCAUAACGUGGAACACAUCAACUUCUUUCUUGUGUCUUCCCUAAAGACUGAACAGGAAGACUAUAUUUGCAUGCAUUGAAAAACAGCUUCAUUUGUGUUGUUGUCAUGGAUACAAAAACUGCCAAAUAAGGAACUGAUGGAAGGAGUACAUGGCAAACAGCACAGGACCACUGCCCUCAUGUCACCACUGGAACGCCCACAGUCCAGUCUAAAUAUCACAGUAAUAAACUGAGUUAUUUAGAAGGAGGAGCUACGGCAAAGGGGAAAUCUUGAAUGUUU